CUGGUGGAGGCGAGGGGAGCGGUUGAUGUGCUGGUGGAGGCAGGAGAAGCGGCCGGGGAGGUGCUGGUGGAGGCGGGGGGAGCGGUUGGGGAUGUGUUGAAGGCCUCUAACUUACCUUACUGUUCCGUCCUGUACCUCAUCGACGGCACUACCUCCACCCAUGGCCUCCACCAGGUGUUGACAGACGAGGUGCAGCGCCCUUGGUGUUCUGGUGACGGAGGUAGUACUGGUGACGGAGGUGGAGGAACCAGGUGGUGACGGGAACCUAACUCAUAACCAGCUGUCUCAGACGGUUCAAAUGGCCAGGAAGAUGCGAGACCUGUGCUGGUGCCUGACGGUGGUAGUGGUGAGCGACAAUGUGACCUUCCUCAGCGCCUUCGCCAAAGCCGCCGACGAUGAUCGCCUGUUGGUGUGGUCGACGAAGGUGUUGGUCGUCACUAAUCUCCUUCAGGAAGACCUUGACGACCUCCUCGCCUCCCACUGGGCCUACUCCAUGAUGAACGUGUUGGUGGUGAAUGUGGAGGAGGUCCCUGACAGAAUGAGGUGUGGGGUAUGGGUCCACAUGCCUUACAGUCUUAGUGGCAUCGGGCACAGCGUGAGGGUAGCGUCCUGGACCCCUGAACUGGGUCUUGUUUACAUAGGCUCUGUGCCACUGUUCCCGGAGAAGGCUGCCAACUUCUACGGCGCCCCUGUCGAUGUGGUGGCUAAUUCCUUCCCUCCCUAUUGGAUCGAGAACCAAUACACUACCUCAGAGGGCACAGUCACCAAGACCUUCUCCGGCAGGGGCUGGUUACUCAUGGAAGCGGCGGCACAGACGCUUAACUUUACCAUACGUCAUAUGCCGACACGAGAUUGGAUUGAGGUAAUGGACCUUAUCAAGAACAGAUCAGCGUACAUCUCGCCCGUAGCGUACGUGAUUAUGCCUCACCAGCUGGCUACUGUCGACUACACGGUGUUUAUAGAGCCGGAUACCCUGACCUUCAGUAUGGCCACGCCCUCCCUCGUCGCCCGCUGGCAGAAUCUGUACUAUCCCAUGACGCCUCUGGUCUGGUGCCUCGUCUUCAUGGUGCUUCUGCUGCUACCAUUCUCCCUGUUCAUGGUAUGUCGUUUGGGAGAGAACAUAGGAAAUAAACACAAACAAGUUGGUCUAAUGGUCAUCGCUGAAGAGGUCCUAGCAACAUUCCUGGGUCAAAGCCUCUCCGGCCGCCUCCCCACCCACGCCUCCGUCAGGUUGAUGCUGGGGACGUGGUUGAUGUUCGUACUAGUGGUGUCUACGGCUUAUAGGGGUAACCUGACGGCUUCUCUUAUUAUACCUAAAUAUCCUGCCAGGGUGGAGACGUUGAGCCAACUUAUUGAGGCGGGGGUCAUGGUUACCGUACCGAAGGAUGAUGGUGAUGACCUCAUAAGUUUCUUCAAGCAGUCUGGGUCGAGGGACUUCCAGGUGUUAGCUGAGAGAGCGUACAAGGUGGCCGAUACUCUGGCGGGGUUAAUCCAGGCGACGCAGAAGAAAGAGGCGUACGUGUAUGUCCGUAAGUUGAUGGAAGCGUUGAUAGCUGAGCAUCUGACUGAUGAGACAGGUGGCGCUCAGCUGUACGUGGCCCAAGAAAACAUCUCACCGGGGUUCGCUGCCUGGCCCAUCAUUAGAGACGCGCCCUUCAAGCCUGCCCUCGACCGCUGCAUAGUGGCCCUGACGGAGGCGGGGCUGACGGAGAAGUGGAUGAGCAAUGUGAUAAAUGAUGCUAAACGGAACAGUCGACUCAAACACCGUGUCGCUAUACAGAAGGAGGCGCUGCUGGGGAUCAAGUCCUCAGCGGUCACCAGGCAUAUCAUCCAGGCCCUGACACUCACCCAUCUCCAAGGACCUUUCUUUCUCCUUCUGCUGGGACUCCUGCUGUCCUUUGUAUCCUUCACCCUGGAGAUUCUACUGAAGGUGGUGGUAGUAAAGAGUUCCUAGGAAUCCUUCGGGAAUUACUCUCCUUGAAUCCUUAAUCCUGACUCCUUAUUACUUAAUACUAUCAUUACUUUUUUCGUAGAGUGAUUUAAGUAAUUUCUGUACUUAUUUUACCUGUUAAUUACUAUAUAUUUAUGUAUCUCUUAUAUAAUCUGUCUAAAUAAACUUCUAUCUA